AUGACAUCCACCAAUGAAUGCGUUGAAUAUUUAACCUCAUUAAAACAUCCACAACAACCGAUCUGUUUAAUCACCUCGGGUUCAUUAGGUGUAUCGGUGAUUCCUCUGAUUCACAAUAUCGAUCAAUUGGAUUCAAUCAUGGUCUUCUGUUUGGAUAAAGCUAGAUAUAAUUUCAUGAAAAAACGAUACAAGAAAAUUCAAGAUGUUUUCAAUACCUAUCAUGAGUUGGCCAUGUAUUUGCAAAUGUAUCUUCGAUCGAUGGAGAAGGAAGGCCCUAUGAUCAAUAUUUUUGAUAUAGAAAAAUUGAAGAAAUUACGUAAAUGUGAUCAAUCUUGGCCCUUUUCUCAUCUAACUUAUACAAUAUUCGAUGAAAAUAAGCAAUAUUCCAUGCGUGAUAUCUCCAAAGCAGAUACGUAUUUUCUCUGGUUAAAAUUAUUAACAAAUGUCUUACAAAAAGUGCAUCAUCCACGUCGAACCAUGGAUGAAAUGUUAGCCAAGUGUCGUGAUUAUUACAAAGAUAAUCAAGAAGAAUUAAAGAAAAUCGAUGAGUUCGAACGAGAUUAUAGCAAGGAAAAGGCCAUUUAUUGGUAUACAACACCUUCCUUUGUCUCAAAAUUGAUCAAUAAAGCCCUAAGAACCGAAGAUUUCCGUGCACUUUACAUCUGUCGCGCCUAUAUCGCCGAUCUUUCCGAACAAUUACACCGAGAAUAUGAGGAAUAUAAACAGUUGUUAAUCGAAUUCGACCAACCACUCUCUCAAUGGACGGUUUAUCAUGGUCGAACCAUAUCCGAAGAAGAAAUUCAUCUUUUCCAUGAGAAAAAAGGUCAACUGGUCUCUCUAAAUGGAUUUUUAUCCACUAGUCGGAAAAAAGCAGUGGCUGAUUCAUUUUCGAAAGAGGUUGUGUUUAUCAUUGAAACAACAUUUGAUUUAUCUUACGGAUGUUUUGCUCAUGUCGCACCGAUGAGUAUUUGGCCAGAAGAAGAUGAGGUUCUCUUUGAUCUAGCAUCGGUUUUCAAAAUCGUUGAUGUUCGAUACGAUGAUAUCGAUAGGAAGUGGAAUGUCUAUCUGAUCACGACGGAUGAAGGAACGAGUGUUCUUCAAGCUUAUAUCGAUUCAGUGAAAAUGGAAGCGAAUGAAACGAAUAUUGAUUUUAUUUUUGCUCGAUUGUUGAUUCAAAUGGGAGAAUACCAACUAGCGGAUGAUUAUUUGACAAAAUUAUUAUUGAUUGUUCCUUCGGAAGAGGAAAAUCGCGAUUUAGCCUUGAUCUCUUACUAUCGUGGAUUGAAUUUCUAUCGCGAAGGCAAUUAUUCUCAAUCGAUGAUCGAAUACGAAAAAGCCUUAGCUAUGCAGCAACGUUUGUUUCCGGAAGGACAUUCCGAUCUUGGUGAAACCUUAGGUGGGAUCGGUUUAAUCUAUGAUAAUACGGGCAAAUAUGACCUUGCUCUAGAAAAUCAUCUUCAAUGCCUAGCAGUGAGUGAGAAGACACUGCCCAAGGAUCACGUCCAUGUCGCCGAAGCAUUGAAUAAUAUUGGCUUGUGUUAUGACCGAAUGGGGAAAUUUGAAUUAGCACUUGAAUGUGAUUUAUGUGCAUUAGAAAUGAAAAGGAGACUGUUUCCCCAUGAUCAUCCGGAUAUCGCAACCAGUUUAAAUAAUAUUGGAUUAGCGUAUUACAAUCAUCAUGAAUUCGAGAAAGCCUUAGACUAUCAUCAACAAUCAUUAGCGAUGAAAGAACGUUGUUUACCGUCUGAUCAUCCUGAAUUUGCUGUUUCAUUCUGCAAUCUCGGUCUUGCUCAUCUCGCCUUAAAUCAUAUCAAUGAAACGAUCAAUUAUUACUUGAAAGAUCUAACUAUGAGUGAAAAGACGUUACCUCCUGAUCAUUCCGAAUUGGGGAUAACUCAUCAUAAUCUUGGUCAAGUUUACCGAGCUCAAAAUCCAAGUAGUGAUCUCGCAUUAAAGCAUUAUGAGAAAGCUAUUGAAAUCUACAUGAAAAGUUUACCACGAGAGCAUCCAUAUAUUGGAAUGUCAUUGAUGUAUACAGCAAAGAUUUUCGGAAUGCAGAAGAAACUCUCCGAGGCACUCCGAACUGCUCGAGAAGCAGUGCAGAUCUUGGAAAGGACAUUGCCUGAAGAACAUCAACGACGCGGAGAAUCGUUGUAUAUUCUGGCAGAAAUCUAUCAUCAAUUGGGAGAAACAGAUCGAGCCUUGAAUUAUGCCAAUCGAGCUCGAUUGAUUCAAUUAAAAACACUAGAUGUCAAUCAUAAAGAUGUCCAAAAGACAUUGGAGCUAAUUGAAAGUCUGAUAAGAUGA